AUGGCGCACCGGCCAAGCGGCGGCAGCAGCCCCUCGAAGAGUAGGUUGAGCCGUGAUGCCGAUGCCACGCCCACGCGCAUUUCCCCAUCGCCGAAGUUGCUGACGCUCGGAGGAGGCGGUCGGAGUCCUUCAGCAUCGCCCAUUGGCACGGAGCGCUUCCCUCUUGCCACUUACUCUUCAGGUUCAAGAUUUGGAGCUCCCGGCCAUCGAUGUCACCUUCCGGGGCUCCGCCUCACCUCGGCCACGGAAGCCGCCGCACGCGACGCACUUCCCGGUGGUCAGGCCGGGGCGAGCGGAUGCUUCGGCACGGACCCCUUCCACUUCCAGCUCGCAGGGAGAGUUUCGGCCGGUACAGCCACGAAAGAGACCACUGGCAUCCCCCAUGAGAUCUUGGCCCGAGGCGAUCGCGCACAACGAAAGUUCCGAGAGGCGCUGGCAAAGGGCAAGGCCCAACCCAGGAGAGACCCACAUGUUCUGGUCUCGUCAGACGAGCGCUUGCUGCUCCAAGUAAUCUAG